AUGGGGAACAGACAAAGCCCCUCGGGCCUGUGUUUCCGCUCCCAGUUUCUUCCCGAGGAGCAGGCGGCCGUUGACCGACUGUUUGAUGCCCUCGCAGCCCGUGGAAGCAGCUCGCAUCCCUCACCCAGAUCCUUCUCCCUGGAGGCACUGAAGGGCCAUGCUGGGGGAGCGCUCCCCGCAGUGAUGGUGACCAGGCUGUACGAUGGCAUGCGGAGGGUCAGUCCAACAGGCAUGGCGAAGAGACCCAGUGAGAACGUGUCCCGGGAGCAGCUCACCAUGUUCCUGUCCUGCCUGCUCAAAGGGAGCUCGGAGGAAAAGAGCCUCGUGAUCUGGCAGAUGAUUGCUGGCACCGAAGGUGCUGUGAAGGCGAGAGACGUCCAGAAGUUUACAGAGGACCUGGUGGCAUCGGUAAUGCAUGUGCUGGACUACAGACAGGAACUGAGAGGCUGGCCGUCAAAGGAAGUGCCAGGCGCCCCCUCCAGGGUACAGGCGAUGGCUGCCCAGCUGCUCUCGGAGGUGAAGCUGCCAGAUGGCCGGAAGCUCCUGGAGCCUGUGCAGCUGGACUGUGCCUGUGGCCAGGCCGUGAUCGAGGACUGGGUGUUCCAGGCUCCCCACGUGGCCACGUUUUUGAGCGUGGUGAUCCGCAAAGGCCUUCUUGUCCUGAGUGCGUCCCUCAGUCUGGCCACCCUGAUCCCCGAGUGUCGUGUUGACCAGGGACAGGAGUUCGUGAGCAUCCUGGACGUGCUGUCGGCCGUCUACAUCAACGCCCACCUGCCCAGCGAGCGGCGGCACCGGUGGCAGCUUGUGUUCUCCUCCCAGCUCCACGGACACAGCUUCUCCCAGCUCUGCACGCGCAUCACUCACAGAGGGCCCUGCAUUGUCCUUCUCGAGGACCAGGACAGCCAUGUGUUUGGCGGGUUUGCGUCCUGCUCCUGGGAGGUCAAGCCUCAGUUUCAAGGGGACGACAAGUGCUUCCUGUUCUCUGUGUCCCCCCGCAUGGCCGUAUACACAUGCACCGGCUACAAUGACCACUACAUGUACCUGAACCACGGGCAGCAGACCAUCCCCAAUGGAUUGGGCAUGGGUGGCCAGCACGGCUACUUCGGGCUGUGGAUUGAUGGCGACUUUGGAAAGGGACACAGCAAAGCCAAGCCUGCGUGUACCACCUACAACAGCCCCCAGCUGUCAGCCCAGGAGGACUUCCAGUUCCACAAGAUGGAGGUGUGGGCUGUCGGGGACUUUGACUCUCACCCGGCCAACAGCAACAAGAGCGUCCUGGACUCGGACCCUGAAGCCAAGGCCCUGCUGGAGAUCACUGGGCGGAGCCAGUACAGUGAAGGGCUCCGGGAAGUCCCAGAUGACAAGUGA